AUGAUCCGAUUCGCAUUGCGUUUUUCCAUCCUCCUCGGGAUCAGCAGUGGCGUGGACACUUACCCACGUCUGGACGACUUGGAUGCCCGCAAGGAGGCAGUGGUGGACAGAAGAAUGCUCAUCAACACUUGGAAGGGCACUCUUCUUCACACCGUAGAGGUUGACAUACACGACCUUGCCAAUUUGGAUGACAAUGCUCAAACCUACUUCUUCAGCUACCGACGUGGUAAUGCAUCAAACCCUGUCAAAAUGCAAAUGCAAAAGCUCUGA